GGGGCGGGGCGGGGCGGGGCGCGAAGACCAGCCCGGCCCGGGGGGACAGUAGCCGGCAGCCGGUGUCUGGGGGGGGCCGCCAGGUCUGGCCCGGCCCGUGAAAGAGGAGAUGCUCCUUGUGCCCACCCUUGGGGCCAGAUGAAUCUCUUGUCGAUGGCUGUGGUGGCGGAUCCUGAACUGAAAUGGAUGAGUCUGUGGCUCCGUGUCAGAUGGGCAGCAGUGCUAAUGGUCCUGGUGGGCUCUCUGUUGGUGCUGUUGCUCCCACUGGCUGCGGUAGAAGAGCAGUGUCAGGCAGUGCUCAAAGGACUCUCCUUCCUGAAAACUAAAUUGGGAGUAGGCUAUGUAGGGAUUACCAGGCACACAGGGCAGACAACUGGACUCAGCGUGACUUCAAGUGCAUUAGAGCUGCUGGUGCUGAAAUCCAAACCCUCCCCAGAGAUCAAAUUAGAAGCCAAAGCAGCUUUGAAUCAAGCCCUUGAAAUGAAACGGCAGGGGAAGCGUGAGAAAGCCCAUAAACUCUUCAUGUAUGCCCUCAAAAUGAAUCCAGAUUACGUGGAUGCUCUGAAUGAGUUUGGCAUCUUUUCUGAAGAGGAGAAAGACAUCAUUCAAGCAGAUUACUUGUACUCCAAAGCACUGACCAUUUCUCCUUGUCAUGAAAAAGCUCUGAUCAAUCGGGACCGAACUCUGCCCCUGGUUGAAGAGAUAGACCAGAGAUACUUUAGCAUUAUUGACAGCAAAGUUAAAAAAGUGAUGUCAAUCCCCAAAGGCAAUUCAGCCCUGCGUCGAGUGAUGGAAGAGUCUUAUUACCACCAUAUUUAUCACACCGUUGCCAUUGAAGGGAACACAUUAACACUCUCUGAAAUACGGCACAUCAUUGAGACCAGAUAUGCUGUUCCUGGGAAAAGUCUCGUGGAGCAGAAUGAAGUCAUCGGUAUGCAUGCUGCUAUGAAAUACGUAAAUACCACACUGGUAUCCCGAAUAGGCACUGUAACCAUCAGCGACAUUUUGGAGAUACACAGGAGAGUGCUGGGCUAUGUAGACCCCGUGGAAGCUGGGAGGUUUCGGACUACCCAGGUGUUUGUAGGACAUCAUAUCCCACCCCAUCCUCAAGAUGUUGAAAAACAAAUGCAGGAGUUUGUACAGUGGAUCAACUCUGAAGAUGCCAUGAGCUUACACCCUGUGGAAUUUGCUGCCUUAGCCCAUUACAAACUGGUAUAUAUACACCCAUUUGUAGAUGGCAAUGGAAGGACCUCACGCCUGUUAAUGAAUCUCAUACUAAUGCAGGCAGGCUAUCCACCCAUCACAAUCCGUAAGGAGCAAAGGGCAGAGUAUUAUCAUGUCUUAGAAGCAGCCAAUGAAGGAGAUGUGAGACCUUUCAUACGUUUCAUUGCAAAAUGUACUGAGACCACAUUAGAUAUGCUGCUUAUUGCCACAACAGAAUAUUCAGUUGGUUUACCUGAGGCUGAUGGCAGCACUGCUAGAUACAAGCAAACUAUUCCAGUCAAAACUUGAAUGUUAUGACGAUCCAAUGACAAAAUGAAUGUGUGGAGUAACAAAGCUACUCAAUAUUCCUGUUGAGAAACAACUCCACAAGAGGAGAAAAUCACUCUUAGCAUUUCAUUUAUUUAAUGUUUAGUAAAUUAAUAUACUUUUUUAUAUCCAUUAUCCUUAUGCCAAGCUAAACUGUGAAGCAUUAGUGUUGAAUGUGCACAAGGUCCAGCUUGUGUUCCUGGAGGGGAAAGGAGAGAGAAAUCCAAAGUGAGGCCAAUUUGCAAGUGGGAUCCAAGCUGUAGUAAAACUGAAUUACUUCCUACAAUCCUAUAUGGGAUGACUUCCUAAAGCAGACACCUUGUAAUUGCCGUGAUGGCAUGUGUAUCUUAAUUUGUAUCAUACAGGGAACGCACAAGCACCCUUUCAAAAAGUCACAAGGUGGGCGCUAGUAUUUUAUUGUAUUGCUACCAUUGCCUUAUUUUGCUUUCCAACAAAACCCCUUCAGCCAGUGUUGUAGCACUUUAUUUUACAAUUGUCCAAAGGCUAGAGAUCUCCUUUCCUCCCUCACCCCAUUGCUAAUGUGCCAUACUGCUCUCUUGGUAGCUAAUCUACUUUUGUUAAAGGUAACAUCUAAAAUUAGGGCUUGUUUUGUUAUUUCAAACUUUGUAUGUGCAGCCAUACUUUGUAUCAUGUUAGUUCCCUCUAUUUGGGUGAGUUUUAUGCAGCAACUGGGUGGGGGAAAUUUUAAAGUUGGUUUGAGACUACUGUCCAGGGGAUUCAGGAGCAACUGAACAACCCAUCUGUCCAAAUUUAAUUCAACUGGAUUGCAAAUUGAUUUCUUACAUUGUGUAAGGACUCUAUACUGCCUCCUGCAGCUUAAUAAGGAUAACAGCUUAUCUAAUUCUGUACGCAGAAGUUGUCAUGCCAUAGAAAGUGCCUCUUGCAAUGAACACUCCAGUUAGGUGUUUGAAAAUCGUUAGCUUCUGCAAAACCAUGGGAAGUACAUGUUCCUAUACAUGAUAGGAUUCAAGAUCCAACCCUACCAUUUCAAUAGAAAUAGCAAAUUUGAAUACUAAAUACUCUACAUCCUAGUUAAUGCAUUUUCAGCUUCAAAUGAUACAAGAGGCUACUAGCCAUGUACUGAUGGCUUUAACAAUUUCUAGAUUUCCUGACUGUUAAUGUGGUUGAGCUAUAUAUGUCGUUUCAACAGUAUGGAGAGGGCCUUUCUGAUGCUAUAAUUUUGCAAGUACUCAGAAGCACGUCACAGUUUCUUGCAUUCUAAUAUUAGAGUCUAGUUACUGUUUGUGUAAAUGCUUAAGUUGGCAAUAUCUAAUGAAACAAUGUCAGUCUGCUGCCAUGUUCUCAUGCCCGCUCUGGCUUUGAUAAAAAUGCAUUUGAAGCUCAUUAUGACAGUAGCUCCUCAGACCCCUUGCCUGCUAGUUAGGUGAUAGUAUGACAAAAAAACUGUAGCAAACUGAAAAUAUAACAGCCCAAUGCAUCCUAGGUAGAUUACCUACAGCAGCAUUCUGAAUCUGAGAAUGCAAUAAGAUCUUUCCAUAGCUCAUUAAGUGAUGGGUAUCAGCCACUCCAUUUCUGAAGUCACAAGUAGCAGCUUGUAAUUGUUAUGCUGCCUUGUUUACUAUACACAAUAAUUUCCCCCACCCUCUGACAAGUAUUUCUCACUAGAGGCCUGGCAUGAAUCCCAUUUAAUAGCAAGUUACAUAAUAAAAUCAGGAGACCAAUAAAGUAUCAAGAUAUGGUGUUGCCUGUUAGUAUGUGCUGGCUCAUGUUCAUGUCAUGUAUCAUGACUCAAUGUACUAGACAUCACUGACAGGGACAGUAAACAAUGGGAAUUGUUUUUAAAAGAAUGCUUAUUUUAGUACAAGAUGUGUAUAUGGAUUCUGCACUUUAGCUAUUUGUGGAAAAUGUUAUUUUAGUAACAGAUUAAAGUAUUUUACUAUGUAAA